AUGUACUACGACUUCGAUUGGAAAGAUGCACCGCUGUCCUCCCAUAGCACUCCAGUCAUCGCCGGUUGCCUCUAUUUGCUGAUGGUCCUACUGUUGCCUCGAUGCGUGCCGGAAGGCGGCUUCAAGCUGGACAAGACCCUGGUGGUGCACAACUUCAUCCUCAGCUUCAUGUCCUUGGUCCUUUGCCUUGGAUGUGCUUUCGAGAUGGUGCAGAGGGUGAGGGGCGAGAGCAGCGUGGCAUGGAUGUUCUGUGAAAAUAGAUCGAUGUCUGCGCGAGGCCCGCUUUAUUUCUGGUCCUGGGCCUUUUAUGCCAGCAAGUACUAUGAGCUUGUGGAUACACUGCUGGCUUUGCUGCGGGCCUCCAGGCCGCCGCACUUCGGCUUGCACGUGUACCACCAUGCCCUCGUUCCGGUCAUGGUCUGGCACUGGCUCGAGUAUUGCACUACACUCCAGCACAUAGGACUGCUCUGGAACACCUUCGUGCAUGUAGUUAUGUAUGCCUACUACGCUCUGAAGGUUCUCAAGGUGCCGACGCCCUGGAAGAGUUGGGUAACGCGCUUGCAGAUCAUUCAGUUCGUGAGCAGCAUGGCUGCCUUCGUGCCGGCCAUGUACUACAUGUGGGAGUCGCCACUUGGAGAUGCCUGUGCUGGGCAGAGGUCAUUUCUGGUGAACCUGGCUUUUAACCUCACGCUGCUGUGGCAGUUUGUCGGAGUGCUUUAUACCCCUGCAGCUGGAGCAAAAAAGGGGGGCCACAAGAAGGUAAGGCCGAGGCCCAGGCCAGCGAGCCGCCUUCUGACCCGAGUCGGCCAUGGGCAGUGUCGGCAAGUUGCUUGGCCCUACAUGGUCCAGAUGCGCGGUGCUCUGAGCAGUUCUGCAGACAGCGAGGUGACAACAGAUGCAACCUUCAGGUACAGCAGCUUUAGCUGGCGAACUUCUGCCGGCGAAAGGUAUCCGUACGAAUACAUUGUUGCUCAGCAACCUGCUGGUGGCGGGACUGCUCGCAAUGCUCUUGUCGCUUUGGAAGAGAGCUUGCCGGGGCCUGCCAGCGGCUGGACCGUGGUUCUCAUGCCCUCGGUUUCGCUGGUUUGCAGCGGCAAAGAAGAGAUGAGACCCCUGGCCACGCUGCUCUCGCAGCGCGGGCAUCGCUGCUACAUCCUGGAGUGGCCUGGAUGGACGCAGCACGUGCAGACCAACUGGGCGAUGGAGCGAUGCAAGACGGAGCACCUUGCUGAGGAAUACCAGGACUUCUGGUGUCAGGCCUUGGAACACGUCGCUCAGCGAGAGCAUGCUGAAGCCCAUGGCCAUGCGGACGAAGUGCAAGAAGCGAAAGCUCGUAAGCUUUGCAUCGUCGCAGCUGGGAGCGCUUCUGUCUAUGCGCUCCGGGCUGUGAAGGCGCUACAGGACUGGCUCCCGGAGGAGACGUCCCAGGCGCCGGAGCUACGAUACGACUCCUUGGUGAUGCUUGCUCCAAGCUGGAGGGCAGAGCGGCGACAAGGCUUGCUUUCCAGGCUGCCGCCGGAUCGUGCCGCCUACUGGAUGGGCGGCCCGAAGCCAUGGCCAACAUGA